AUGGCUCCCUUGCGCACAGAGGCACGACCAUUAUCGUUUUUUCGGGCUCGGCCGCAAAAGUUCCCUGAGACCGUAGGCGCUGCCCUACCCCCAGACGAGCCAAUUGAUGAGGAAAUAUGCCCAGGGUACGAUUCUCAUCUCUACUAUCCUGUUAAGCCAGGAAGCAUUUUCAACAACCGGUACCUUCCACUGGUUAAAAUAGGCUGGGGCGGCUCCUCGACUGUUUGGCUUGCUCAAGAUCUCGCAAGGUAUCGUUGGCAGCAAGAUCGCUUCGUCACGUUGAAGAUCAAUAAUGCAAACUCCAAAGAAGCUGCCCAUGAAGUUGAUAUCGAGAAAUACGUUGCUGAGAAGGCACCUCAUCACCCUAGCAUGCAGUUUAUCAGAACUCAUGUCGACAGUUUCGUGCUGUCAAGCUCUGGUGGUGACCACUUGUGUUUGGUUUAUGAUACCAUGAGAAAGCCGGCGUGGCUGUUUCGCCAGCGACUAAAAGGUGACCUGAAAUUGGAUAAUAUACUUGUUACAUUUGAGAAUGAGGACGUUCUCAAGAACUUUGUCAAGGCGCAACGUUCUCUGCCUAUGGGCCAGAAGGUUGAUGGCACAGGACGGACGGUCUAUUUGUCCCAUAACAAUUUCGGUGAUCUUCAUGAAGCGAAAUGCCUGCCUAAAAUCACGGAUUUUGGCUCGGCAUGUCGUAUACAACCCCAUGAGCAUAUGCUGCAUCCGAUACAGCCAGACGUUUAUCGCGCUCCGGAAGUUUUACUUGGCUGUGGAUGGACGACAAAGGCCGACAUCUGGAAUCUCGGAGUCAUGCUGUGGAAUUUUGCCCAAAUCGAAGACUUGUUCCGCCACGUUCAUGACGAAAAUAGCAAGUACUCUGCUAAGGCACAUAUCGCGGAGAUGAUCGGAUUACUUGGGCCCCCUCCUCAGAAGAUUGUCACCAUGUCGCUGGAGCGGAGUCAGUGGUCUUGGGGGAUUGAGAUUCUAAACUCCGAAGGCAAACUAUGCCAGAACGCGCGGGACUACUUUGGCGGGCCCUUUCUCAACGAUAAUGGGAAAUUCAGAUAUCCGGAUCUUGUCCCCAAGAUGGCCCUGGAAGAUACUCUACCGCCAUGGGGGGAUGAGGGGAAACGUGAAUUUCUGACCUUUGUGAAGAAGCUACUGACGUGGGAUCCUGAGGAGAGGAAAUCAGCUCAAGAACUGAUGAAAGAUCCUUUUGAGAUAAUCAUGAGAGGGUGA